AUGGCGUCAUCUGGUCUCAGCUCAGGACCCCUGUGCCACACGCCGCCAAAUCAGAUUUUCUCAGACCUAGCCCAAGCCAAAUGGUCAACAUGUCCUGUUGGUAGGCCUCGGGCUUCGGCCAAAAUUGGGCCAGGCGGUUGGAAGACUCCACGUCACAGCAUCGAGGUGUCAAUGCGGCAAAAAUGGGAUCCGGUCGGCCGAGUGUUAAUUACAUGA